AUGAGAAUUAGCCAAGAAAAUUCUAGACUUUCUGGGAUACAUGUUUUUGGAUUAGAUAUUGAAAUAUUACAUCAAGUUAAUCAACUUGAUGAUGAUGAUGAAUAUCAAAGCAAUCCUGAUGGAAUUAUGGUUGAUGAACAAGAAAUUGGUAAUGGUGUUUAUCGAUCUAUUAGAAAUCUUCUUCAAAUAUUUAUUCCUAUUUGGAAUGAAUCAAAUCCUCCAAUUCUUCAACCAGGAGAUACAAUUAAUUUGAAACUUGGUGAAGAUGAUAAAGAAAAAUAUGAAACAUUAGCUAAAGUUGGAAAUCUAUUUAAGUAUCAGCUCCAAGAUCUUCAAAAAAAUGGAAUUUCUGUUGAUGGUAUGCAUUAG